AUGACCAACUACAACAUUGUCGUUCUUCCCGGUGACGGUGUCGGUCCCGAGGUCACCGCCGAGGCCGUCAAGGUCCUCGAGACCCUCCAGAAGGUCAAGUCCGACAUUAAGUUCGACUUCAAGUACGCCCACAUCGGCGGUAUCGCCAUCGACGAGACCGGCAACCCUCUCCCCGAUGAAACCGUUGAGGCUUGUAAGGCUGCCGAUGGUAUCCUCCUUGGUGCUGUCGGUGGACCCAAGUGGGGAACCGGUAAGGUCCGCCCCGAGCAGGGUCUGCUCCGUAUCCGCAAGGAGCUCAACUUCUACGCCAACAUCCGUCCCUGCAACUUCGCUUCCGAGUCUUUGAUCGAGUACUCUCCUCUUAAGGAGCACGUCUGCAAGGGUACUGAUAUCACUAUGAUCCGUGAGUUGGUCGGUGGUGUCUACUUUGGUGACAGGAAGGAGGAUGACGGUUCUGGUUUCGCCCUCGACACUAUGCCUUACAGCCGUGAGGAGAUUGAGCGUGUUACGCGUCUUGCUGGUUCUUUGGCUAUGCUUACCACCCCUCCUCAGCCAGUCCACUGUAUUGAUAAGGCUAACGUCCUCGCCACCUCCCGUCUUUGGCGUACCGUCGUCUCCGACAUCAUGUCCAAGGAGUUUCCCGAUGUCGAGCUCAAGUUCCAGCUUGUUGACUCCGCCGCCAUGCUCCUCUGCAAGAACCCCCGUGCUCUCAACGGUGUCAUGCUUACCGAGAACUUGUUCGGUGACAUUCUCUCCGACGAGGCUUCCGUUAUCCCUGGUUCCCUCGGUCUCCUUCCUUCGGCUUCCCUCAACGCUACCCCCGAUGGCAAGUCCCGCGUGAACGGUCUCUACGAGCCCAUCCACGGUUCCGCUCCCGACAUUGCCGGUCAGGGUAUCGUCAACCCCAUCGCUACCAUCUUGUCCGUUGCUUUGUUGUUGAGGUGGUCUUUGGGUUUGGAGGCUGAGGCUAAGGCCAUCGAGGAUGCUGUUAGGAAGGUUUUGGACUCCGAGAAGAUCGGUGGUCAGGGUUUGAGGACCAAGGACUUGGGUGGUGACGCUACCACUUCCCAGAUUGGUGAUGCUGUUUGCAAGGUUCUCGAAUCUACCUUGGCUUAGAUGUUUUUC